AUGGACGUCCACCUUCUUGUCUACGACCUCUCACGCGGCUUGGCCCGCCAAAUGUCCAUGGGCCUCUUGGGAUUCCAGCUUGACGCCAUCUAUCACACCUCGAUCGAGCUCCAGGGCCGCGAGUACGUCUACGACGGCGGCAUCAUCUCCAUCGUGCCGGGUACUUCGCAUUUGGGCCAGCCUAUGGAGAGGCUAUACCUUGGCAAGACGAGCCUCCCCAUGGACGUUAUCGAAGACUAUCUGGAAUCAAUACGCUCUGUCUUUACGGUAGAGGCAUAUGACUUGUUCCGCCACAACUGCAACAACUUCACUGAUGCAUUCUCCAACUUCCUCCUCGGCAAGGGCAUCCCAAGCCACAUCUCGCAGAUGCCACAGGCUGUUCUUGACUCGCCAUUUGGACGCAUGCUGAUGCCGCAGCUCACACAAGGCGUCAACGCCAGCAGGCAAAACGGCUCCAUCUUAGGACUGCAGCAGAGCGCCCAGCCUACCGCACCCAUCAAGGCAGCCUCAUCAGUGAGAAAUGUGACCAGUCAAUCGGAACUGACGGCUCUACUGGACCAUGCAAAGGGGUCUUGCGCAGUCGUCUACUUUACUUCGGCCACUUGCCCUCCGUGCAAGAUGCUUUAUCCCUUGUACGACGAACUAGCCGAGGAGUUUGCUGGCAAGGCGACUUUCAUCAAGAUUGAUAUUGCGCAGCCGCAGGCCAGCUUAGUCGCCAGCGAAUACUCGAUCAGUGCGACUCCCACGUUCAUCACUUUUCUCAAGGGACAGCAAGAGAAUAGAUGGUCUGGCGCGGACCCGGCUGCUCUGCGGGGGAAUGUCCAGCUGCUGGUAGAGAUGGCCCAUGUCCGCCAUCCUCAUGAGAAGCUCCGUCUUCCCACGUUUGCCAACCCUAACACAAAGCCCGUGCUGUUUACCAAGGUACCGCCGAUGCAGAAGCUGGUAGCCAAGAUGGGCGAAGAGAUGGCCAGCAAGCCCGAAGUUCAGCAACUAAAAAGAUUCAUCGAGGAUCGUGCCAAGGGCGAGGCUCUGGAUGCGGUGCUGCCAAACAUGGGACACAUGGCCACCUUUCUCCAGGACUCAAUCGCAAAGCUUCCCGUAGAAGUCAUGUUCACAAUUGUCGAUCUUUUGCGGUGUGCCCUCCUCGACCCUCGAGUCAGCGGGUACUUUGCCGAAGAGACGGCGCACAAGACGGUUGUGACCAUCCUCGAUGCCGUUAACAAACAGGACAAUUGCCCAUACGCGCUACGCCUUGUGACGUUGCAGAUGGCUUGCAACCUCUUCUCUACUCCGCUGUUCCCGGACGAGAUACUUCGAAACGAACAUCUCCGUGGCCCAAUCACGGCGCUGAUAUCAAGCAGCUUCCUCGACGACAGCCAUAGCAACACUCGCGUGGCGGCAUCCUCCCUCUUGUUCAACAUUGCCCUGGCAGACCGCAAGGCCAAGAUCGGCGAGACUGGAUCAAGAUUACCAGAUGAGCACCUAAUCGAGCUCGCGGCAUCCGUGGUGGAGGCGAUCGCCCAGGAAGAGGAGUCGGCGGAAGCUCUUCAAGGCAUGCUGUCGGCACUGGGCCACCUGGUCUACUACACGCCUCUAGACGGAGAGCUCGCCGACCUCCUGCGGGCUCUGGAUGCCGAGGGAACGGUCCUGGCGAAGAAGAAGGCGUUCCCCAAGGAGGCGCUGAUUGCGGAAGUGGGAGGCGAGCUGCUUGGAAAGGGCCUCAAGGCAGGGUCGGCGUGA